AUGAAGUUUGCUAUCCAACUCUUGCUUAUCGCGCUUCUGGCUUUUUUUGGUGCAGCCGCGACCGUCGACCAGAAGCCUGUCAUCAUCAGCUAUCCCAAGGAUACGCCACAGUCUGUACUCGAUGAAGCAAUGGAAACCAUCAGGAAGGCUGGCGGCGUCAUCACCCACGAGUACAGCAUCAUCAGAGGAUUCGCAGCGAAAGCAUCUACAGAGGCAAUGGAUACGGUCAAGGCCUGGGGCACGAAGCACGACGUGAUCAUCGAGGAGGACCAGGUCAUCACGACGAACAACGACUAG